UUCUGUAUAUAGUGAUGAUGCUAGUGACUGUGGAGACAUUAGUGAAAGCAGUAGUGAUUGUAAUUCCUGUGUUUACUGUAAUUUUUGUGAUGUUUGAUAUGCCAGAAACGCCCGUGGGAUUUGGGUAGUUCAUGAGAUUCAGACGAGAUUUGAAAGAAAAAACAGGUUUAGAAAUGAUUAGAGUUCACGAAAAGCGAAGAAAGAAAGAAGAAGAGAAUAAGAGACAGCCCUGUAUUGGCAAACACACCAAACGAUGCUCACAAAAUUUCCCAAUAAAUCAUCCGAGUUUUGACAUUUCAUAAAGUCUCCUCAAAACCUCAACUCUCAUUCUCUCUCUCUCAUGAGUGCCUGCUCCUGGGUAAAAGUCACUCAGUAGGCAGUUGCAUGCCACCUUCACGGAGGUUUCAGAGGGGCUUCCACUUUACAGGCAUUUUUUUUUUAAUGAUAUUAAAACUCCAAACACCAACAACAAGAAAAGGUCCUAGAGAGAAAGAAUAGCAGCUUUUAACUUUCGGUAAAAUAUUGGCAGGCCAAUACUUGGGAGGAAACAACUCUUUAAGUUUUUCAAAUGCCAUAUUGUAAUCAAACUAUCUGCAAAUAUAUAUUUUUUUUGUUUUUCUUAAUUGGGUUCUCAGAGAAUCUGCUGUGUGUUAAAAUUUGAUUGAUUAUCAGUGAGAUCUAGCAUUGAAAUUAGCAUAUUGCUUGAAGAUUCCAAGUUAUUUCUCACUUCCAGAAGUGGGUUUUACUGAUUUUUGCAGAAGAUAACUCCAUUUCUGCAAAAUAAAAAAAUAACUACCAUUUCUUCUAUUCUUUAGCUUCUUCAACUUCUCUGCCUGGGUAUUGCGGAGAAGAUUCAAGUUCAUUCUCUGUAACAUUUUGCGUUAAGUGGAGAAUUUCUUAGCCGAAAAUCCAUAUAGAAGUAAGUGGAAUUCUUCUCAUUUUUAAACAUUUCACCAUAUUUACAGCUUUGAAAUCUGUUAUCAAAAAAGAUUAUGCAACCUCAGUGGAAAACCAAGACGGAACAAUUUGGAUUAACCCAAGAAAAACUGUCCCUUUGAAAAACCAUGUCUUCAAAACCCAAGAGAAAAAUUACCAAACAAACUUUCACCCCUCCAUUCCAAUCUUGAAACCCUCAAACACCAAACAGAGACACAAACAUUACACUGGGAAUCCAAAUUUAGAAAAUCCUGAUUUAUUUUUUUGCUUUUCUCUGGCGCCGAAAAUCUAGCUCAUACAGUCUUGUCUCUAAACCCCCUUUAAUUUAAUUUGUUCAAUUUUCCCAAAAUAGCUUCAAACAAGUGACGUUAACAUUCUUCUUCUUCUUCUUCUUCUUCUUCCAUGGCUAUGGGUUUUAAUAAAAUGCUCAGAUUCCUGUCUUUGAAACACCUACUCAUGUUAUCAAUGGCAUUAAAUCUAAGCUUAUUGUUAAGUAGAUUGAUUGCUGAGAGUGAGAGUUUAAGAUUCAAGAUACAAGAAGAUGAAAAAUCACAAGAAAGAGGAGGAAAUGAUCAUUAUUGUCUUGUUUGGGGUACUAGAGAUAAUACAUGUGAUACUAGUACCUCAGACCAAUCUACUGCGCAUGUUAGCAAAAAUACAUCUCCUCCUGCUGCACUGGCUGAGGAUAUUGAAGUCGAGAAGGCGAUCCAACCAGAUUCUGUCAUCAUUAAUCUUGAUCAUGGUGAUCCAACUAUGUAUGAGCAGUUUUGGGAAAAAACAGGAGAGAAAGCUACAAUUGUCAUACCUGGAUGGCAAUCAUUGAGCUAUUUCUCCGACAUAAGCAAUGUAUGCUGGUUCCUGGAGCCAGAAUUUGCUGGUGAGGUCCGAAGACUUCACAAAUUGGUAGGCAAUGCCAAUACAGAUGACCGACACAUUGUCGUAGGGACAGGUUCUACUCAGCUCUAUAUGGCCGCUCUCUAUGCUCUUGCUCCUACCGAUACAUCAAAACAACCAAUCAGUGUGGUUUCUGCUGCUCCAUUCUACUCUUCAUAUCCCCUUAUGACAGAUUUUUUGAAGUCAGGGUUGUAUAAGUGGGGAGGUGAUGCUUAUACUUUCAACGGAGAGGAACCUUAUAUUGAACUCAUCACUUCCCCAAACAACCCUGAUGGUUUCACCCGAAAACCGGUCGUGAAUGGAACUGGUGGUAUUUUGGUUCAUGAUCUCGCAUAUUAUUGGCCACAAUAUACUCCUAUUACAUCUCAGUUAGACCACGAGCUACUGUUGUUUACCGUAUCCAAAAGCACUGGGCAUGCAGGGACACGUAUUGGGUGGGCAUUAGUGAAGGACAAAAAUAUCGCUCAAAAAAUGACCAAAUUCAUAGAGCUGAAUACAAUUGGAGUCUCGAAGGAUUCACAGCUUCGAGCUGCAAAAAUCCUUGGAGCUGUAUCUGAUAGUUGCACAGACUCUUCAGAUUCUGAGAGCUUCUUUGAAUUUGGCCGUCGUCUCAUGACCCAAAGAUGGAAGCAACUGAGACAUGCUGUCAGAACUAGCGGGCUGUUUAGCCUUCCGGAGUUCACGUCUGAUUUUUGCAACUAUUAUGAAAAAUAUUCUGAACUGCAUCCUGCUUUUGCUUGGUUAAGAUGUGAAGGGGAUAUAGAGGACUGCGAAAAAUUCCUAAGAGAUCAUAAGAUCAUCACAAGAAGUGGAAAGCAUUUUGGUAGGGAUAUUAAGUUUGUAAGGGUGAGCAUGUUGGAUAGAGACAAGAAUUUUGGCCUCUUUGUGGAGAGGUUGUCAAAUAUCACAUCUGAAAAUAAAUUUCCCUAAUUAAAAAUAAAAUUUCAUUCAAA